AUGCCUUUGGGCUUUGUGGACCUUCCAGUGUUGUAUACUCAGUCCAGUACACAGAACGAGCCUUACAAUUCUUAUGCUACAGCUACAAACCAAGUGCAAGUUGCUUCUAAUGGCAACACUUACGUUGGGUUCAGGAAUCUGAAGUCCUUUCGUUUCCUUGGAAUCCCAUACGCGAACCCUCCUCAACGAUUUGUUUACUCUACACCAAGCACGGCUACAGGGCAAACGAUCAAUGCCACUGCAUAUGGCUCACAAUGUGCACAGGCUUCUUCUGGUAGUGAGAACUGCUUGUUUGUCAACAUUCAGACGCCAUAUAUCCCAAAACAAGGAGAUAUGAGUGAUCUGAGGCCAGUAAUGUUCUGGAUCCAUGGUGGAGGUUUCACAGGAGGUUCUGGUGCUGAUUCAUUGAGCGAUGGUGGCAACUUGGCAUCUAGAGAGGAUAUCGUCACGGUGACCAUCAAUUAUCGUCUCUCAACGCUGGGAUUCUUGGCCAUACCUGGUACCAAUAUCACGGGCAAUUAUGGAAUCGGAGAUCAGAUCACAGCGCUUCAAUGGGUUGUGAAGAACAUCGCAUCCUUCGGAGUUGAUCCUACACAGAUCACAAUUAAUGGAGAAUCGGCUGGCGCUGGAUCCGUCAGAACUCUUCUUGGGUCCCCACCUGCAAUUGGCAUGUAUCAAGGAGCUGUUGCGAUGUCCAAUCUCGGAGGCGGAGUUGAUCUAGGAAUAAAUGGAGAUUACGCGACUACGUACAGUUUAUACUAUACGGUCAAUCAAUCGUACGCUGUCGCAGGUCAGAACAUUUUUGACGCGGCUGGUUGCAAUCAGACUGCUCUCCAGGCCCAGAUUGCUUGCCUCAAAGCGGUCCCUGCAUUGACACUGGUAGAGCUUCCUUCAGUCGCUCGAUAUGUUGUGCAGGAUGGAUACUACGUCAAUACUGAAGAAUUAAUCGUCAACCAGCGGAAUCCAGGAACCGCUCAUGUCCCGGUCAUCUUCGGAAACGUGGAGAAUGAUGGUGCCAGUUUCUCGACAUAUCCGAAGACCCCCGUCACGUCCGAACUUGCUGGCAUUCAAGCAUCUCUUGGAAUCAGUGCUGCUUAUGCCCAGAGCAUAAUCAACAGUGGUCUGUUUCCAUAUUACGAUACUGGUAAUGUGACACUUGAUUCAUUCAACGUCUCACAACGAGUUGCGACGGACAUUCAAUUCCGCUGUGUUGAUCAAGCUACAAUGUUUGCAGCAUCACAGUCAGGCGCUUUUCAAUCUUCGUACUAUUAUCAAAUGGAUCGCACUAUUAAUGGCUACGAUCCGAAUAAUCUUGGAGGCGCACCAGUCACGCCUGGAUAUCCAAACGGGAAUCCUGAACUCCCAUACUUCAAGCUUCACGGAUCGGAUAUGCCGUGGGUGUUUGGAACACUCAGUACUCUCCGAGAUGCAAAUGAUCUAUAUUCUGAGCAGCUUGUCUCUGGAUACUUUGCAGAGUUCGUCAAGUCGGGACAGCCAAAUCCCAGCUUGGCAUACUUGACAACGAGAGGGUACACGAAAAGUAUUCGGGCUAUUCAAGACACUGGGCCUUGGCAAGAAGUUAGUAGUAUGCAGGGACCGAUGAAGCUGAUGGAUUAUCCAGCUCUCACGAGUACAUUCUUGGAUAUUCCGCAGUGUGCGUUCUUGAACUACUCGCUGUCGUAUUAUGUUGAUGGUGGGAAAUAA